AUGCAGCAGUCUCCUCAAAUGUUUCCGAUGACUCCUUCUAUUCCGCCUACUAAUAUCUCUACCGAGCAGAUCCAAAAGUAUCUUGAUGAGAACAAGAAGCUGAUAUUGGCGAUUAUGGAAAACCAGAACCUCGGAAAGCUUGCGGAAUGUGCAACGUAUCAAGCUCUUCUCCAGAAGAACUUAAUGUACCUCGCUGCAAUUGCUGAUGCUCAACCUCCUCCACCUACACCAGGAGCUGCACCACCACAAGCUAUGGCUUCCCAGAUGACAACACCGCAUCCUGCGAUGCAACCACCAAGCUACUUUAUGCAACACCCGCAAGCUUCAGGAAUGGCUCAACAAGCAUCACCCGCGGGUAUUUUCCCUCCAAGAGGUCCUUUGCAGUUUGGUAGCCCACACCAGCUUCAAGAUCCGCAACAUCAGCAGCAGCAGAUACAUCAACAAGCUAUGCAAGGACACAUGGGGCUUAGACAAAUGGGUAUCAAUAACAACGGGAUGCAGCAACCAGAAACCAGUCUUGGAGGAAGCAGCGCAAACGUGGGGCUUAGAGGAAGCAAGCAAGAGGGAGCAGAAGGACAAGGAAAAGAUGAUGGCAAAUGA